AUGCUUUCAUUGGUUGCUAGUCUGAAGGUGCUGAAUGGCUGUGUAAGGAAGGUUUCAGACAGAGGGGAAGGAGCAUUCUGGAAAGGUAACUAACGGGCUGAAUUCUCCAUUCACAUUGUAGAAAUAUCCUUGCUUAGUUGUACACACUAAGGAUGUACACACACAGUGCAGAGCUCUAUCCUUCUCCGAUGGAGAAACUGGCAAAAUGGGGAGGUAAUGAGGACAUUUCCAUCAUUAGGGCUGCCAAUCCAGAACCAGCAAGAUUAUCUAUCUGAGGGAUUGCUAACUCACCUUUCAUGGCACACUGCCCUCGCCGAGGCAAUUUGCAGUUUUAAAGCUCAGAUAAAUAAAAUAAUUACCAAACGUACCAUUAAACUGAAAAUCAUUAAAUUAAAAUCAGCAGCAGCUAACAAUUCUUGACACAGACCAUUAACCAAAUACAGACUGGAACAGAAAUGUCUUUGGGGGCUCUCUAAUGCAGACCCAUGACUUUGAAAUGCUCUUUCUGGCAAUGUCUAUAACUGCGUCAAUCUGCUGUGCUCUAGCAAGAGCUGGGCUGUGGCCCAGUGGCAGAAUAGCUGCCUUGCAUGCAGAAGUUCUAAGGUUCAAUGCCUGACAUUCCUGAGCUUUUCUAAUAAUCAGAGUGGCUUGGGUUAUAUGCGUACCAAAUGUCACCAACAUGUUUUAUCUAGUCAAUGUGGACACACCACAAUCUGUGGGGGUGGCAGUUAGUCUUCAUGCUCCUAGCCAUGAAGCCAAAUUGGUUUAUGUGUGUAGCAGAUUUCAGCUUUUUAUCUUGUGAGAAAAAGCCCCAGCCAUUCUAAGAGCCCAAUGAAUGAGGAAGCCAAUCAGGCCCUUCUCUUUAUAUAAAUAUUAAAAUGCUUUAUUUGGAGAGAAAGAAAUGUUUUGUGGGAAAUGAGAUCUUACUAUGUCACGGGGACAAAUUUCAGUGGAUGGAUGCUGAUAUAGUGAAAAGAAUAAUUUGCUGGAUAUGCAGAUCUGUUGAUUUUUAUUUAAUUGUUUUCAUUGUGCAAAAGCAAAGCAACAUGGUAAACCACACGCUAUAAUUGUAGCCCGUGAUGAAUCCGCAUUCAGACUAAAUAAAUAAUAAAAAUUCCUUCCAGUAGCGCCUUAGAGACCAACUAAGUUUGUUCUUGGUAUGCGCAUUCGUGUGCAUGCGCACUUUUUCAGCUACACUGAAACAGAAGUCACCAGACCCUUAUAUAUAGUGAGAGGGUGGGGAAGGGUAUUCCUCAGAAGGGGCGUGGGAAUGGGUGAUUGGCUGAUAGGUGUGGUAAACCUGUUGACAACUGUUAACGACUGCAGUUGGUCUUACAGGAAAAAGCAAGGGGUGAGAUGGCUAAAAGUAGCUUUAUCAUUUACUGUAUAAUGAGAUAAGAAUCCAAAGUCUCUAUUUAGACCAGGUCUCUCCAUGGUUUUAAGUUUGGUAAUAAGUUGCAAUUCAGCAACUUCUCUUUCCGGUCUAUUUCUGAAAUUCUUUUGUAAUAAGACAGCUACUUUGAGAUCUUGUAUAGAAUGUCCUGGGAGAUAGAAGCGUUCCCCUACUGGUUUCUCUGUCUUGUGAUUCCUGAUAUCAGAUUUAUGUCAGCAUAUGUCAGCAUAUGAACAAAGGUGGAUUUUAAAAAAUACAACUGCAAAUGUAUUAUAUGAUUUACACACACACACACACACACAAAUUUCUUAUACACCAGUACUUGCUUAUGCAAUAUGUCUUGGUGUUUUCUAUAGUUCCCAGUGCAUGGUGGUAAGUAGAUCAUCCACUGUCUUGCAGAGUUUGUGACAGAUAAGGUGCCCUUCAGAUCACCCUCUUAAGGGAGAAAUCUUCCUUUUCAAAGAAAACAGUUGACCAAUUAUUUAUGCAUCCUUUGUAUUCUCCCUUCAUAAGACCUCCGGGUUGUUUCCUUCUGACUGCAGCCAGUGAAAGUCUCCCAUCCACCACAGUCUUCAUUCAUUUCAACUAGGUGAUUGCUUAGAAGCAGAACAGCUGCAGCUAUUAACCCAAACAGAGGCAGACUGUCCUUUUGUCAUGGGGGGGGGAGAGAAUAACCAGUGCUGGAAAUAUCCAAUAAAUGCUCCUCCAGAAAUCUGCAUAACCCUGAUGAUGCUUCAGGAUGUGGCAUAUGGCCUCCAAUAAGGAUAGUGUUAUAUGUUGUGGAAUCCUCAGCGUAUAAGCAGCUUCUAAUUUUUCUGCAGAUUUUUAGUUCUCUGCGUAAAUCAUGAAUACAUUUAAAAAGUUUGGGUGAGCCUUCUAACAGCAUGCAGCAGAAAGAGAUCACGCCAGUGGCAGAAAGAUUAUGCUACAGGCUGCAUAGCUCACGAUUCUCCUGAUACCUUAUAGUUGGCAAAAUGCUAGCUUUGGAGUGAAAGUGUGUAUAUGAGAGAGGAGAGAGAGACAGACAGACAGAGGGAGAUUUGCAGCCAGUUUCAAUAUUUCUAGAUAUAUUCAAGAUUAAAUUGCAUAAUGUGGAAUAUUUUUAGGGUAUUUGCUGUGAUGACUUUUUAUGCUUCAUAAUAAUAAAUAGAGGCAUUGGGACUCCUGAGACAUAAUCAGAUUUGGUCUAAAACUGAGGUUGGGUACAGCCUUCUGCCUUUCCUAAAUGGGGUGCUCAGACUGGUAAACGUUUUCUGGAUGUGCUAUGAUUGCAUGCUUGCACCUGAUCUUCACAGUAGGGUCAAUAACAGGCACCAAUACAGUGGUACCUUGGGUUAAGAACUUACCAUAUUUUUCGCCCUAUAGGACGCACUUUUUCCCCUCCAAAAAUGAAGGGGAAAUGUGUGUGCGUCCUAUGGGGCGAAUGCAGGCUUUCGCUGAAGCCUGGAGAGCGAGGGGGGUGGGUGCGCACCGACCCCUCUCACUCUCCAGGCUUCAGGAAGCUAUCCGCUAGCCGUGGGAGACGCAGCUCUCCCACGGCUAGCAGAGAGCUUGCCGGCACCCAAAAGCUUGGGGCGCGCUGAGUCUGUAACCUGAAGCGUAUGUAACCUGAAGCGUAUGUAACCUGAGGUACCACUGUAUUAAGAAACAUGAUGGCUGUGUUUCUUCUUUGGCUUAUUAAGCAUGCUUUAUUUAGGCAAAGGAAACCAUAUUCCCUCGUUGGCGGCAACACUAAACCAGGGAUCACACUUGGUGGAUCCUGCUCAUACUAGGAGAGGAAAGGAGCAGAAGCAAUCUCCACAUUCAUGGUAAACCAUUAACUGUGGUUUAUCAGCUCUGCAAACUGGAUGGACUCUCUGAAUCUAGAAGUUCUGUGUAAUCAUGAUGGCUUUUAUAUACAGAUCAGUGAUAAAGCUAAGCAGGAUCAGGUAUGGUUUCAAACUGAAUGGAGGGCUGUGUGUUGAGAUUCCUACAUUUCUGGGUCUCUUCCAACUCUACAAUUGUAUUGUAUUGUAUGAAGACGUACAUUCUUUUUCUCCUGUUUUGAAUCUCCUACUAAUAGGGUGGCACUGAGUUCCAGAGUUAGGAGAGACUGAGAAAAAUCUUGCAUCUACUUUCUCUACUUGCAUGAUUUUAUAACUCUCUAUGAGGAGUUGCCUUUCCCCCCUAAAGCCUGAAAUGGUGCACCCUUUUCCCACGAGGAAGCCCUGUUCUUACCCUUUCAUCUUUUGUCUCUCCACCUGGGAGUUUGAUGUGGACUUGAAGAUGCUUGCGUCUCAAUUUUUGUGUGUGCUGUCCACAUGAUGCCCUCCUCACACAGCCCUCCUCACACAAUUGGCAGCCAGCACUUCCCCCCAUUAAAUUUGGAUUUUCCUGAUCCAGGAAGCAUGUGAUUGAAGGAUUCAGCUGAGCUAGCUCAGUCCAUAGAGCAUGAGAGUCAUGAGUUCAAGCCCAUGUCAGGCAAAAGAUUCCUGCAUUUCAGAGUGUUAGAUUAGAAGACCCCCGUGAUCCCUUCCAACUCUACAAUUGUACGAUUUUAUGAUUCUGUGAUAAGCAAAUCCAGUAAAAAUUUGCAUGCUUACCUGUUGGUGUCCUUAAAUUGGUGGGAGUUUUUAUGCACAUGGUGAUAUUUUUCUGAGUGUCAUGUGUCACCCUGCCUGCUACUUUGAUUUUGUUUCUAUCAGCACAGGAAAGGAUGUAGUGGUCAUGAUAAUUUUUUUUUAAAAAAAACUGUUUUUAUUUUUAUUUUUGCUGAACUGCCCAAGUGCAUAGCAGCUUCAUUAAAAGUUUGUCAUUGCAGGUAUAGGCAAUAAGAAAGGGAAAGGGAUAAAACAAGGCCUUCUCUCUCUCUCUCUCUCUCUCUCUCCCUCUCCCUCUCCCUCUCCCUCUCCCUCUCUCUCUUUCUCUCUCUCUCUCAGCAGCCUUUGUGGUGAGUGAUGCCCUUGCUUGGCCACAUUUAUUGUACCCUGAAGCCUUUUCCUUCAGCUGAGGAUGGGUGGUACCUAAAUUCCUUGCCUGCCUGGAUGUUCUUUGACCUUGCAUGUCAUUCUUCAGUGGGCUGCUGCUGGGGCUGGCCAUCUCUGCCUCUCACUUUCUCACUCACACACAUUUAAUCUGCUCUUUUACUCAACCCUGGCAGGUUGAAAACUUGUAUUCCAAUAAUAAUAAUAACGAUGAUGAUGAUGAUGUUUAAAGAGAAAAAUGCUGUUUUGUCUUUACUUAAAACAUUGGCUUUGGUGGCAGUUUGUUGCUGCAUGUUUCCACAUUAUUAAUUUUAAGGUGUGUGCGCACACAGAGAUACACAAAUACCUGUGUGCAUGUCUAGGGCAGACUUCAGAUGUCUGGAACUUGUGGAGUGUGGAAAAGGGACAACAACACAUGAUAUGAAUACAUCACAUUAAGCACUGCCCAGUGGUGUGGCUCUGUUUAAAUCACUUGUGAGGAAGAUGGCACACAAACAGACAUUAUAAUGGCCUAGCGUGGACACAGCCUUCAUAUUGCUGGCAUUUCAUAGUGCAAGAGCAGCAAGAGCAAUAAUUGAGACUGUGCAGGAGGGCUUCUCUCUAUCUUCAAGCUAGCAAAUAAAUGAAGGAGGUAUAACCAAAGGGACAUUAACAACAACAACAAAAAUCUCCUGAUUUACAUAAUAUAUUUAAAUUGGAAAAUUGCAAAAUGGCUCUGAGUAUGAAAUAAGCAUUUUGCUUCCAUUUUCAACUUCUUCUUCUUCCAAUGACAUUAAUUUUAAAAGUUUUCUCUUCUCAUCCACAAAUAUCCUUUAUCGCUAAUUCCUUUUUAAAACAUUUGUGCGCCUAAUUUUUCUAUAUUUGCUGGAAAACAGGUGCUAAACAGUAACAAAGGCUCAUGUGCGUAAUUUGCACCAAAAUAGCAUUUAAAAAACAAAUGCCUUAAUUUCUAACACCAACAUAAACUAAGUUUCCAUUGGAUGCACAAUGGAACAAUCACUAAAGUGAUAAAUAGUGAGUUUUCUUUCUCUGAAUAAAGAAAUGUUUACUCAGGCUAAAUGGCAGGAAAAUGUCAAGAUGCAUCAUUUAUUUUACACAAACAAUAAAAAUUUAGGUGACAGACUCUAUCUUCAAUUAGUUGAGAUAAUAACAGCAAUGCUUUCCUCAUAAAUAACUAUGUAAUGGCUAUGAUACGUGGCAUUCAGUCAUUAAAAACAUCUACAUUCUCGGAACAACAUGGUCCUCAGUUCUUUCAAAAUCUCUUCUUUAUUGUGACUUUUGCAUUUUGAUUGAGAUGAGACAGAUGCUAGCAAAAAACCAACUCCUUUUCCUCCAGGCAGGGGGAAGAUUUCUACUCUUUCUACUCAAUUGCACAGCAAAUUAUUAGCAGUAUCCACCCACUGGCAAACAGUUUCUGAACAUUUUUCUACCAACUGAACUAAACAAAUAAGUAGCUGAUAUUUUGCUCACUUCCACAACCUUAAAUGAGGACUGUUAUUUCAUGAACAAAGGACGUAGCUCUGGGACCGAUAAUGUUAAUCCCUGGUUCAGAGGUGGGGAACUUGGGACCUUCCAGAAGUUGUACUCCAAGUCCCAGCAGCCCCAACCAGCAAAGCAAUGGCAAGGGAUGAUGGGAAUUGCAGUGCAACAACAGCUUGCGGAACCCAGGUUCCCCACCUCUGCUCUAGAUCUAUGUAGAUGGUGAAGAACAGAGACAUCAAAUGCAAACCUAAUGUUGCAGUAUGUUGAUGUUAUAACAUAUUUAUUUUAGUGUAUGCCGUUUUGAAAUUUUUAAUUUUAAGAUAUAUAAAUAAGAGUGUAAAUUAAUAAAUAAAUGUGUGUGCAGUCAGACAAAGGUGGAAGUGGUCAGGAGCAGCUGACUGAGAAGUCAGUCUAGAGUCAGAAGCUUCAUAGUACCAAGGGCAAAACUAUUGACCCACUGAAUCACUUGACUUUCGCUGAGCUACAAUAUUGCCCUUUAAGUAUCUUCAGUGGUGGUACUGAAGUACAGCUGAAAACAGGACAACAGCUCUUCUAGUAAGCAACCAUGAGCAUUGACAAGCAUGCUCCUUAUCAUCUAAGCCUGGGAUGGGGAACAUGUGGCCUUCAAGAUGUUGGACUCUCAAUAGCCUUGGCCAACUUGGCCAAUACUCAGGGAUUAUGGGAGUGGUAGUCCAACAAUAUCUGGAAGGCUACAAGUUCCCCACCCAUGAUCUUAGACAGGUUGUGAAGCUGACAAAAACAGGGGCUUGCGUGUGUAUCUCCUUCAUGUCGGUUUAGUGCCGCUAAACACUGUUGCGGUCUUGAGGCACAUCAUUCUCCAUUGUUAGAGCCUGCCCUACCAUUAGGUAGAGGAAGUUGGAUGUCAUGAGAAAGGGCAGCAAAUUGUUGGGAGGGCAGGGAGGGAAAGAGGGAUUGGUGGAAAUCUUUUGUCCACAUAUUCAGGCAUCAUUCGCCGGAACUGAUCCUGCAAAAUGGGACAGGGUGGUGCACUGGUGCCCAUGUUUCCUGUGUGCUUGGAUACAUGUAUUGGUGUCCCCUUCAGACUUGAUGUGUUUGAUGCAGCAAGCAGCUAGUUACCUGCAGAUCUACGCAAGUGGGAUUUGGCCCGUAGCUUGGUCCUGAGUAACAUUUCAGACAAGAAGCAGGCGAGGAAAGCUGAAACUAAGUGAAACGUUGAUGUUCAAGACAGAGUUGACCCAAGUGGCAAGGAAUGUGUGGCACACAAAUCUCUGAAAGACGAGCACAACAAGGAUGCUCUCUGGGAUAAAAGCAUCCAUCUUCACAGGUAUGCCAGAGGCCCUCAGAUUCUCUUGGCUUGUUGACACUCAACUCUCCCCUAAAUCAACCUUCACCUUAAUCGAUUAGGCAGCUGGUUUACAAGGUUCACUUUAUGGAAAGGGAACAAUUAUAUAUAUGUGCACAUGCGUACAAAACAGGGAUCCAAGCACCAGAUUACCCGGGCUUUGACCGUUGCCGGAGAAACCUUGCAAGGCACCUGCCCUAUGUUCCUGGAUGGUUGUUAGAACAAACAGCGUAGUUAAUAAGUGUUGAUGGCUGCAAACUGAGACCACCAAAAAGUUGGUUUGAAAACUGCUGCCUUAGGGCACCUCUCAGCGGUGCAGUAAUGGAUGCCGUAAAAACAGUAUUGUCAUUAAUAAGCAUUUGCAGGGAACGGGAGGGCAGUGUCACAGCAGGCUAAAACACUUAUUGUUAGUUGUCGGGUGACAAGUUGUUCAUUUUCAUUUGGAAGCCACUGGCUUGCGUCUGCGUGUGACAGUUAGUAAUUUGGAUAUGUGGAGGAAGAAAGGGAUAUUUGAUUUGGAAACAGCAACAAAAAUGUGAGAUUUAUUUCCAUAUCAUGCUCAUGGGCUGGGCUGGUUCUGUUAUCUCCAUUAAGCAAAUUUCAGUUAAUGUAGUUUGCCUAUAUCUCCUCUGCCCAGAUUUUCAGCUCCAUCCUUCAGUGAGGGUGCAUUGGGUCUGUAAGGCUUUCUCACCUCCCCAAAUCUGGUGCCUCCUUGUAUUUGGAAUUGAUGCCAGAAAGAGCAUGGAAUGUCCUAGGUCCAAAUCUGGUUCUCCUUGAGUUCAGAGUAGAGCUUUCUUUAUGGUGGAACCCUCCCACAAACUUAGAAGUGGAAGGAAAGAAUAUACAUAACCCAAUCGAGAUUAGAAACUGUUUCCAGAGGUAUUUUAAACAAUUAUACACACAAGGGCCACAGAAAGAAAUGGAUAUAGACCGAUUUUUGAAGACAAAUGGAUUACAAAAAACUCCCAAGAAAGCAAAUUAAUGUUGAACUAUAAAAUAUCUGAACAGGAAGUAGAAGGUGCCAUUCAAAAUAUGCAAUUGGGCAAAUCUCCAGGACCGGAUGGGCUGACUUCUAGAUAUUAUAGAUCUUUGAAAGAGUGGCUAUUACAACCUUUGAAUGAAGUCUGCAAUGAAAUAUUGGAAGGGAAAAGGGCACCAGAGUCGUGGAAAGAGGCGUACAUUACACUUAUAACGAAAACAGAGACUGAAAAGACUCAGUUUAAGAACUACCGCCCUAUAUCGUUACUUAAUGUGGAUUACAAAAUUUGUGCAGACAUUUUGGCCAAGAGAUUGAAAAAAGUAUUGAUGGAAGAGAUUCAUAAAGACCAAGCGGGCUUUCUCCUGGGAAGACACUUGUCUGAUAAUUUGAGGAAUAUAAUUGAUAUUUUGGAAAAAUUAGAAGUGAAUAUAAAUACUAAAGCAGUUCUGAUAUUUGUGGAUGCGGAGAAAGCCUUUGACAACAUCUCUUGGAGUUUUAUGAAGAAGAACCUACAGGGGAUGGGGGUAGGCCAAGGUUUUGAAAAUGGUAUAGGUGCAAUAUACUCUGAACAAAAGGCUAAAUUAAUUGUAAAUAAUGUGGUGACGGAAGAAUUUAAGAUAGAAAAAGGGACACGACAGGGGUGCCCAAUCUCCCCACUGCUUUUUAUAUCGGUCCUGGAGGUUCUGCUGAAUAUGAUUAGAAGGGACCGGUUGGUUAAAGGCAUACAGGUUGGAGCCAAACAGUACAAACUGAGAGCAUUUGCAGAUGACUUAGUAUUGACGUUACAGGAGCCAGAAUCUAGUACUAAAAGGGUUUUAGAACUAAUUCAAGAAUUUGGUCAAGUGGCAGGAUUUAAACUGAACAAGUUAAAAACUAAGGUUUUAGAGAAAAAUUUAACACCGAUUGAAAGAGAGAGGUUUCAGAAUGAGACAGGUUUGACUGUGGUUAAGAAAGUGAAAUACCUGGGGAUUAAUAUGACAGCCAAAAAUGGGAACUUAUUUAAAGAUAAUUAUGAAAAAUGUUGGACGGAAGUGAAAAAGAUUUAGAAAUUUGGUCAAAUUUGAAGCUUUCACUGUUGGGUCGUAUUGCUGUGAUAAAAAUGAAUGUAUUGCCUAGAAUGCUGUUUUUGUUUCAAACAUUGCAAAUUGUGGACAAGAUGGAUUGUUUCAAGAAGUGGCAGAGAGAUAUUUCUAGAUUUGUCUGGCAGGGCAAGAAGCCCAGAAUAAAAUUUAAGAUAUUAACUGAUGCAAAGGAAAGGGGUGGAUUUGCCCUGCCAGACUUUAAACUUUACUAUGAAUCAGCAGCUUUUUGCUGGUUGAAAGAAUGGCUACUUCUUGAAAACACAGACAUUUUGGACUUAGAAGGUUUUAACAAUGUAUUUGGAUGGCAUGCAUAUCUGUGGUAUGACAAGGUCAAAGCGCAUAAAGCAUUUAAAAACCAUAUUGUCAGGAAAGCAUUGUUUAAUGUUUGGAUAAGAUACAAGGAUUUAUUGGAAAACAAAACCCCAAGGUGGCUGUCACCGAUGGAAGCGAAAGCUCUGAAAAGGCUCAAUAUGGAGGCCAAUUGGCUGAAAUAUUGGGAAAUUUUGGAACAAGAUGGAGAUAGACUGAAACUGCAGAGUUUUGAGAAACUAAAUAAUAAUGUGCGUGGCUGGCUUCAUUAUUAUCAGAUAAUGGAGGCAUAUAAUUUGGACAAGAAAAUUGGCUUCCAGGUGGAAAAAUCAAAAUUAGAAACAGAACUGUUAGAACCCAAAACUAAGAGUUUGUCAAAGAUGUAUAACUUGCUGUUGAAAUGGAAUACUCAGGAUGAAACGGUGAAAUCUGCACAAGAUUUCACUAAAUGGGCACAAGAUUUUGGACAUAACAUUAUGUUUGCUGACUGGGAACAGUUGUGGACCACAGGUAUGAAGUUUACGGCAUGUAAUGCUUUAAGAGAGAAUAUUAUGAAAAUGAUAUACAGGUGGUACAUGACCCCAGUCAAGCUUGCAAAAAUUUAUCAUUUGCCCGAUAACAAAUGUUGGAAAUGUAAAGAAACUGAAGGUACAUUCUUUCACCUUUGGUGGACGUGCCCAAGGAUUAAGGCUUUCUGGGAAAUGAUAUAUAAUGAACUGAAAAAGGUAUUUAAAUAUACCUUCUUGAAGAAACCAGAGGCCUUUCUCCUGGGCAUAGUCGGCCAAUUGGUGCCAAAGAAGGAUAGAACCUUUUUUUAUGUAUGCCACAACAGCAGCAAGAAUACUCAUUGCAAAGUAUUGGAAGACACAAGAUCUACCCACUCUGGAAGAAUGGCAGAUGAAGCUGAUGGACUAUAUGGAACUGGCAGAAAUGACUGGCAGAAUCCGAGACCAGGGAGAAGAGUCGGUGGAAGAAGAUUGGAAGAAAUUCAAAGACUAUCUACAGAAUUAUUGUAAAAUUAAUGAAUGUUAGAAUGAUGUUGGAUAGAAAUUAAGUGGUUUCCAGCUGUAAUGCUUUAAGGGAUUAUGAAAAAUGGGUUGUUAAUAGGUAAAAAUUUAACGUUACUAUUUUAAGACUAAAGAUUAGGAUAAAUAAAGAGGGUAAGGAUUUGCUGAACCAACAAAUUGAACUGGAAUACGAAAAAGGGAGGUAUGAGGAGGUCCGGGAAACAAGCUAAAGGAAAACAAGCAAUGGAAAAUCUGUGUGUUUUUAACUAUUUUUAUUUUGUAUUUUUGUUAUUCUUUUUUCAUUUUUAUUGUAAUACUUUAAAAAAGCUUAAUAAAUAUCUUAUAAAAAAAAUAUAUGGUGGAACCCUCCCUAUGGACUCCCCUGAUGAGAAAGGAUCAUCUAGCCACCUUACUAGAUGCUUUGACGGAGUAAAAAAAUGUUUCUUUACGUGGGAUUUGAUCUGAAUGGUGGCACCAUUCAUUUCUUAGAUGCCAUGGUCUGUCUGAUCUUAACACUGUGAGGUUUUUUGUUUGUUUGUUUUUAAAAAAUCAUUUUAAUGAUUUUAAUAUUCCAAAUAUUUAAACAUUUUGCUGUUCAGUCAGCCUGAGAGCUACUUUUGUCUAGCUGGUGGCAUAUGAUUUUUAGACUAAAUAAAUGGCUAAAUAAAACUUCCCAGUUCAAAUGGCAUUUUUGCUCCAUUUAUUUAAAUGGAGCUGAGUUCUAAGUUAGUGCACUUGCAUUUGCAACUUUAACCUAUGCCCUUCACAAGCAUGAUAUUCAUAGCAUGCCAUUAAAUGGAUACUCUUUAAGUGGAUACUCUCCCCCCCCACCCGCCCCCGUUCUCAUAUUCCUUGAAUAUGGCUAUGAGCAGUGCAAAUUAGUGCUCAUUAGGACACGGGUGACGCUGUGGUUGACGCUGUGGUCUAAACCACAGAGCCUAGGGCUUGCCGAUCAGAAGGUCGGCAGUUCAAAUCCCCAUGACGAGGUGAGCUCCCAUUGUUUGGUCCCAGCUCUGCCAACCUAGCAGUUUGAAAGCAUGCCAAAAAGUGCAAGUAGAUAAAUAGGUACCACUCUGGCAGAAAGGUAAAUGGCUUUUCUGUGUGCUGCUCUGGUUUCGCCAGAAGUGGCUUAGUCAUGCUGGCCACAUGACCCGGACGCCGUCUGCAGACAAAAACGCCGGCUCCCUCGGCCAGUAAAGCAAGAUGAGCGCCGCAACUGGACUUAACUGUCAGGGGUCCCUUUACCUUUUUAGGACCAGUAGGGCAGAAAGCAGGGAGACAAACAGCAGGUGGCACCAGACUGCCAGAGCAAAUAACUAGCAGAGCUGGAGGCAAUGUGAGGCAGAGCCAACUAGCUCUGCUUUUGCCCCCAUAUCCCUCCCUGUCAAGCUCUAAAAACGCAGCACUGAAACUAAGGUGGAGAAGACUGGCAGCCAGCCCUUCUCCCUACACUGGCUGCAAGGAAGGAGGUAGGCAGCUGGGAGAUGACUGAAGGCAGAGUGAGCUGGUGAGGCUGCAGUGCCUUUCUUGCCUCCCCUGGCUCUGAGUGCACGAGAAUUAGAAGGCAAAUAAAGAUCGAUUCAUGUGAAGAGAGAUUAAAGAAAGAGGCAUUUACUGAACCAGAAAGCAGUCUAUGUCUUUAAAAAAUAAUAAUAUUAAAAUGUCGUGAUCUCCUGAGAAAAGACUAUACCUUGGGAAGCAAAGUUGGCAUCCUCUUAUCUGGAGCAGUCUCUGGUGGAAGCUGAUUAUUGCACUGUUGAGAAUCUGAGCGGAAGAAACGUACAAGGACUACUGAGAACAGUGCAAUGCAGUUAUUAUUAAUUUGCUGCUAAGUAACAGCUCAUGGGCUGUUAAUGCAAAGGGGCUUGCCAUAUGGACGGCAUUAAAUGAUGCACCUGGAGAACAUGGGAGGUUCCAUUGCACCCAGCGCUUGGUAGCUUUUAAUUGGACUUCUGCACUUAGUUUCACUUUCUAUAUGAAAACUCUGAAUGGUCUAGAUCAGGGAUGGGAAAGCUGUGGCCCUCCAGCUCUUGUUGGACUACAAGUCUCUCUAUCCACUGUUAGCCAUGCUGGCUGGGUCUGAUGGAAGCUAGAGUCCUACAACACCUGGAGGACACUCGGUUGGCUGUCCCUGCCCUAAAAGCAUGGAACUGGCAGGGGAGCAUCAUCUUUGGAUCUCAAAGCUUGAGUACUGCAGUGGUAAAGGCAUUGCUUAAGGCAGGGGUAGCCAACAUGGUGCCAUCCAGAUGUUUUGGACCACAGUUCCCAUCAGCCCAAUUCAGCAAUAGCCAAUGCUGAGAGCUGACUAAGACGCCUGGAGGGUACCACGUUGGCAACCCCUAAGUUGAGGAAAGCUAUGUAUAAUUAUUUAAAGCAGGGAGGACAACCUCUUGGUCUUGCAGAUCUUACUGGACUCCAGCUCUCCAACAGUUUGACUUCACCUCCGGAGGCUUUUAUUGCCUCCCGAGACAGAUGGAUGCCAAACACAAACCCUCUCUCAUAACCUCUGACUGUUGGCCAUGCAGAGGAUAUGGGGCAAAGCUGAAGGAAUUGGAAAUAGUACAGAAAAAAGGAGCGAUGGUGGAAAUCCAAUGUGGUGUAGUGGUUAGUGUGUCAGACUGCGACCUGGAAAAUCACGGUUCAAAUCCCCACUCGGUCAUGAAGCUUACUGAGUGACCUUGAGCCAAUCACUGCCUCUCAGCCUAGCCUUCCUCAUUGGUUUUUUUUUGGGGGGGUGUUAAAUGAGGGAGGGGGUUAGAAACACCCCCCCCACCUUGAGCUCAAUGGAGGAAAGUUGGGAUAUAAAGGCACUAAUUAAUUCUAAACUGACUAGUGAAACCUUAAUUGAUUAACUAUAUAAGCCAGAGAUCGAUUAAAUAGUACAAGUUUUCUGAAGGGGGGAAAAAAGGUUUUUGAUGAUGCCCAUUUCUUACACUAGACAUCCUCUUUGAUGAAGGAUUCCAUCCUGCAUGUGAGGGAAGGAGGAGAUGUUUCUUCUGGGCUGGUGCUUGCGGUCUCCAGCUUCUGUAAGUACUUUCAGAACCAGUGUGGUGGUGUGAUUACAGUGUUGGAGUAGGAUUCGAGGGACCCAGGUUCAAGUUUACUGAGUGACCUUGGGUUGGUCACUAUCUCUCAGCCUAACCUACCUCAUAGGAUUCUUGUAAGGAUUUGAAAAAUGAGGUGUGUGGGGAACAAUAUACACUCAGCUCAGUGGAGAAACUUUGGGAUAUAUAACUGUAAUAAAAUAAGCAAAAGUAAAUAUAAGUAAAUAAGUAAAAAUAAAAGCUCAGAGAAUAUUUUGCAUGAUGAGUUGGGGGACAUUUUCUGCCAGUUCAAAUGGUUUUUAAUCAAUUAUCUUGCUUAUUAAUCUGUGAAAUGCUGCAACCCUAAUUAUAAAUCCCUGAAUCUCUGGUCGCCUCCUAUGUGCAUUUUCAGAGAAGUCAAAAGAGCAACAGCAGUUUAUCUCAGUCUGGCCCCUUUUGAAUGUUAAUUUUAACAAAGAAGCUGCAGUAAACGAAAGUGGCAAUAAAAACAGCAGCAUUCAAAGUUCGUAAAGUAUGUAAAUACAGCCAGUUCUCUCUCAUGCUGUUCUUUGGCAAUAUGCAAUGCUCCCAAGAGUUUGAUAUUAUUAUUAUUUCUGCAAAAGGAAAUCUUAUACAAGGCUGGAUACCCAAUUUUAAAACUUUUAAAUGACUUUUAAAUGAUAACCCUUAGAACACAUCAUAAGUACUUCUUUUUUUUAAAGUGUGUAUUUGCAGGCAGAUUUGUAAGCAUUUUAGUCUCCUCUGAGAACUGGGAUGGAUUGGACUUUAAUAGGUCCAUCCAUCCAUACCCACGAGUGCACACCUUGGCUAAUAACCUAUGCACUGUUCAGGCAGUGACCAAGUGUCUAUAAUAGCUUUCUUUGAUGGCUCAUAACUGUGAAAUUCCCUUCCUCUGAAGAAUCUCCAAAAUCUGAUUCCUCUCCCCCUCCAGAAUUGAUGCAAGUAUUUAUUAUUAUUAUUUGAGCUAGUGAGGGUUAAACAGAUAUGAGGAAUUUACAUUUGUUAGGCUUUAAUUUGAUUGAUUUUGAUUGUUAGUUAUACAGUAUUCAUUGAAUUAAUUAUCUGUUCAUUUGCUUUUCUGUAUCCUGGUCUGGGAAGAAUGGGCAGGCUAAAAAUCCAAACUGAAAUAAAUGCAUUCACAAACUAAAUAGGUCAGGAGGCAUCAUCAGAGUCAGACACUCUGAAGUCCACCAAGUUCAAUAAGUUUUUAAGGAUGCUUGAAUUCUUUGCUGGAUUGUAGCCAGUGGCCACUUAUCUGAAAGUAUAAUCUGAAAAUUGACAAAACUUCAAGAGUUGUGCACAUUUCCAGAUUUUACGUAAGUUACAUUUGAUUGAUAUUUUAAAAAACAAACAGAGCAGAGCUCCUCUAAUAUUCUUUGAAAUUCUGGAUGUAAACACAUUAUGGCUUGCAUCCAAAGUUACUCCUCCAUCCGUGUUGAAAGAGGUGAGGGUUGAUUUCCAUCAGGAUCUUCUGCCAUGGUCCAUCCACCUCCAGGGAGGUAUGCAGAGGGGGGAAAGCAGAGGGAAAGCCAUGUUCUGUGACCAUAAACUCUUGUUCUACUUAUCUAAGGAAAGUUAGGAUCCAAGUUCAUGGGUAGGAGAUUGUUUUAUUAAAUGAAUAUGUGCUUUGUUUUGUUUUUACUGCUUGAAAGUCUGUUUCAAGGUGUUUUCCUCUGAAAAAUCUGAGAACAGAAACCACCCACCCACCCACCCAAAUCUACUUGCUGGGACAUGGGGGGUGGUGUGGUCUAAACCACUGAGCCUCUUGGGGUUGCCGAUCAGAAGGUUGGAAGUUCGAAUUCCCAUGACGGGGUGAGCUCCCAUUGCUCUGUCCCAGCUCCUGCCAACCUAGUUCAAAAGCAUGCCGGGGCCAGUAAAUAAAUGGGUACCGCUGUGCUGGGAAGGUAAACAACAUUUCUGUGCGCUCUGGUUUCUGUUAAGGUAGCCCGUUGCACCAGAAGCGGUUUAGUCAUGCUGGCCAUAUGACCCUGAAAGCUGUCUGUGGGAAAAUGCCGGCUCCCUCAGCCUGAAAGCGAGAUGAGCGCCGCAACCCAAUAGUUGCCUUUGACUGGACUUAACUGUCCAGGGAUCCUUUACCUUUAUCUUUUUUACCUGCUGGUAUUUCCAAGAUAAGUCCAUGAACUUCUGGGUGGGGCACUUGCAUUUAAAACCUCAAGAAAUGCAGAUAGUGUGUUUGCUUAAAAAGUCCUUUCAGCUAGCCAUCAGUGCGACUGACCACAAAAGAAACAUGGAGACACCUACAUAAACAAUAUGAUUUCAAGUCAAUGCACAUUUAAACCAAUCCAUGUAGUGAACAUUUCAUUUCCACACUGUUCUGCUAUCUAUUUCCUUACACAGAAUCCAUAGCCUGGAGCCCUGGCACCAGCUGUCAAGGAGAACUCCCUCUGAGGCUGCCUCUAAGCACACAUGCCAAAAUAAGUUCCACAGGAAAUGAAUAGGAUUUAUUCUCACGAAAUGUGUUUAUGAUAAAGAUGAAAGAGCUGUGUCCUGCAAACAUCAUCCAGUGAUUUAUUUUUAGCUAAGGUUCAGAUGUCAGGCUAAGAAAACCUUCCACGUGGGUGUUCUAUUGCUCACAUUUUUGCCCCACUUUUCCUCUAAGCAGCUAGGGCUGGUUUCCCCCUAUUCUUUAUCUUCACAACAACCCUGUGAGGUGGGUUAGGCUGAAAUACAAUGAAUGGGCAAAUAUCAUUCAGGUCUCCUUAGCUCUUAGCCCACUGCCCUGACUAUCCUAUAUAGCUGGUGAACUGUUGGUGCUUCUAGUCUGACCUCAUAAGGCUGUUCAAAGAACCAUGAGAACAACAGACACUUGUACACAAGCUACUUUUGCUUCCAGAGAAAAAGUGUCCUGGUUCACACAUGGCAUUACACCAUGGUUUAUUAAACCAUGGCUUAGUGUUUGAACCCAGCCCAGUAGCUUAACUAUGUUUUAUUAAGUGUUGUUAAAGGUAACUUCUUAACCAAUGUUUGUAGCUGGUUUAUAAAACCAUAGUUAACAUUUAACCUCAGCUUACUGUUAUGAGAAAAUCCAGACCUCCUCUUUAACCAUGUUUAAGGAGUUAUCACCACCAAAAGGCUAGAGAGCCACAAGUGAAGGAAGGGCAUCAAAAAAUUCAAAUCACUCUCAAAGUUCAGCUGCUGUGUGGGGUAAGAAGUCAAUAAGUGAUUGUCUGCCAGAUGCUUCAGCUUUAACUAUGGUUUAUUGACUAUGCUUCAUGUUAACUAUGGUUAACACUAACCAUGGUUAGCAUACGUGCGAAUCAGGUUAAUGCCCUAGAUUAAUUUGAGCCUAAAAACAUUUUCCCCAAACUAGCUAGGAGCUAUUUGUGUACAGAAGUGGGCUUCUGUAUUACAAAUUUACCUGGAUAGAUAGUGAAUUGCAUGCACAAACUUCGGCUCUGCUUAAAUGUUGACAAAUUUCCAUUAGGAAUAAAAUAAAAAUGCAAAUUGUUGAAGAAAUUAGAGAACUGACUUUAAGAUUGAAAAAUGAGAAACUUAGAGAAACUUAAGAGAACUGAAAUGGUCAUCACUAGCUGCAGCUGCAUUGCUGGGUCAAGUCCAUGAAGGAGGGCACAGGGUGAGGGGACUGGGAAUAAAUCUCUUCCUUACUCUCAGGCAGCCAUACUUUAGAAUGGUCAAUGCUCAGCUGAGCUACCAGAAGCCAAAUAGAAUAGUUUUGGUGGCCAGGUGGAACAGCCAGUUAGUUGCCACUUGAUCAUCUCAGGAUUUCUGGAUUAAACACUAGAAGUUAUGAGAACAGGCUCUAUACAAGUAGCUGGUAUAUUACAUUGUAUUUGCAGCAGUGAAGCCUUGCUAAGAGCAUGGUAUUUGCUGGGAAGAGACAGUGAGAUAAAGGUGGACUAUAAGAGAGAAAGAGAAGCAGUGGAUAUAGCACAGUACAUUUUAUGUGAUAUUGUGAGGAUGGUUUUAGGAAGAAGGAGAAAGAGUGCUGCCAGGUUCCGGAAAUUGGAAGAGGAAGGGUGUAGUGUAGGAGGCAGGGGGGAAAUAGGGAGAAUCCUACUGGAAUUCCAGGAGAAUGUGAGAUCUGGGAUAAAAAGAAGGAAUAUCAGUUUUAGGAAGGAAGGAGAAAAGGUGGGGUUGAGAAUUAGGAGGGGGAUAAUGGAAUUCUAGGAAGGAGAGAGAGAGCAAGAAUGAGGUUGGAGUUAGGAUCUUGUGAAAAAUGAGAUGUCAGGAGAAGGAGAAAGAAGUAGGGUGCGGGUGAUGAUAUUUGAAGAAUUAACAGUAGGAGGGAGCAGGGAAAAAUGGGUUUGUGAGUUGGGACCUUGGAGGGAAGUGAGAUCUGAAGGAGGAAAUAAUGGGGUUGCAGUGGGUGAGAGAAGUGGCAAGGGGCAAAGUGGAGGAAUUAUUUCACAAUUUAUUGAUUUAUAUGGGGCUGGGUUCAUAGGUUUCUACAGGCUUCUAGUAAUUUUAUUAGGUAUCAGUAGGUAUCCAUUAAGCUUUUAAAUGAAAUAUAAUGAAUUUUAUUCAUCAGUCCAUAUAAUUCCAAAGUUGCCUAUAUUUUUAAUUACCUCCUCCCUUAUCAAAUAUCAUGGAAAUGAAAUAUUUGGGUAGCAUUGGGCAUGCAUGAGCUUAAAUUUAUUUAACAGUGCAUUCAUGUCCUCAUUUUUCCAUAAGGUAAAACUAGUGCAAGAUAUUCAUCUUUACGUAUUACAGCCAUCCUGUCCUCCCUCCCUCGCUCCUCUUAAACAAAAAACCUUUAGGUACCACAUAAGCACCAGUAAAGUGCCACAAUGAAGCAUUUAAGACCUUUACACGGAAACAACACGCUCAUUCGACACCACGAACGUGGCUACAUGUUAGCCUAUUCAUUGGUGCAAAGUGUCACCUCUAUCCUUGUCUCCAAAAGAAAAAGCCAAAUAGAAACUUUGUGGCUGCACACACUUUUGAAUGCUUUAAUAUGAGAGCAACCCUCUCAUUACGCGGGACGAUUUCACCUCCGAAGGGGAAGCUCAGCAGCUGCUAGAAACCCUUCGAAGGAGACUAUUAUUAUUAUUAUUAUUAUUAAUCAUCGUCAUCAUCGACGGCGAUGAUUAUUGCUGCUCCUGGCACCGAGACAGCGCCGGGAAUGCAAGAUUAUUUCCGUGAGAUUAAGUCUGGAGUCUGAGGGAGGCUCUUUUUUUGCGUUUGGCGGAGGGCGCUGGGAGGAAUAAAGCCGCCUGGGUCUUUAACUUCUAGGAUUCAGGGUUGUUAAGAGCUCUUUCCGCGCGAGUGGGAGACCUCCCAGCGCAGCGCCUCCCCUCUCUCGCCUCCUCUCGAAAAGCCUCUCCAGAGCAACGGCUUCUCCUCGCCGGAGGCCGCCUGCAAAUGGUUAAGAGGGCGCCUGGGCGAGGGGUUGGGCCUGGGGGAGCGAGGCGAGGGGUGCUGGUGUGGAGAGCACCCUUCUCCAACGAGCAAGGACCUUCCCACUUCAGGCUGCGGCUGGGGGAGGAACUCUCUCGCCUUCGCCUUCCCUGCCGUCGACUGGAGCACACCCUCCAACGCCACCCCUCUCUCUCGCACACCCCCCCACCCUCUCCAUUCUCCCUCCCUCCAUCUCCUCCUCCCUCUCUGUCUCCCCCGGCCUCCCUUGCGCUCUCGGCACGCACGCACGCACAGAGGCAAGUUAAUGGGGAAUAAAGAGGCUGGAGUCCGCGGCAAGUGCCUGCUCCUUACAAAUGAGCCUCCAGGCAGCUUUUCCCACCCACCUACCCACCGCCCCCCUUGCUCCUCCACAGCCGCCGCCGCCGCCCGCCCCUCCGUCGAGGAAGGAGGGGCGGCUAAACGUGGCCUCUCGCUGCGUUGAGCGCGCAGGAGGAGGAGGAGGCGUGGGGGAGGGGAUUGGAGAGGGAGAGCGGAGCAGUGGCCCGUGCGCGCCUCUUGUUCCCGGUGUAAUUUGCAGCCAAUCAUCAGUAGGUGUCCACAUCCCUGCAUCCUCCUCACCUCCCUGGCGCGCCUCAGCCUCUCCCUCUCCCCCCCCCCCCACGUCUCUCUUCUCUUCUCUUCCCUCCCCUCCCCCAGCAACCACACACACGCAGGCACACACACAAACAGAGAGGGGGAGAGCGAGGGGGAGAAAGAGAGAGAGAGACUCCCCCGGCUGCGUCCCUCCCUCCCUCGCACACAGCGACUGGAGAGACGGACGGAGCGCAACGCGCAGGAAGAGGAGACCACCGAGCAGCACAGCCAAGCGCUCUCACACAUUCACGCGCGCACGCACACACACAGCACACACACACGGCGCACACACACAAGCGCGCGCGCACACACACACAUUCAGUGCCUGCUCUUUCCUCUCUCCCCCUCCCUUCCCCCCUCCUCCUUUCUCUGCAACAAGGAGAGAGAGAGAGAGAGGAGGAAAAAAAAAAAGAAAGCCACUUACAGGUAUUUGCUUAGUGGAUCGGCGUCUUUAUUCCUUUCCCACCGACCCCCCUCCCUCAUCACCGCCCUUUUACAGUUUGUUUACAAGUAUCAAAGUUGUAAUUGAGGAGCUGCCAAAGACACAUCGGGAUAUUCUUCCUUUUUUUUUUCUUUUUUCUUCUUUUUUUCCACCCCCUUCUUCUUUGUGUUAGGGAGUGA